CACGUUAUCAGACUUGUUCCGUCGAGAUAAGGGCGUCCAGUCGAACCCGAGCCGUCGACGCGACCGCUAAACAUGAGACCGAUCAUUUAACACAAUGGAGUUGGAAACGAUCAUAAUAGUGAGCGUGUUCAGCUGCGCAUGGCUGGUUGUGUUCGUGAUGGCAGUGGUGCUGUGCGCGAGGGUCGCCUCCAUCAGGAGGAGAGUAGACGACAUGCAGGCCACCGGACGGAUGAGGGUUCAAAAACUGAAAAUGAAUUCAGAUAAGAACCACGCAUUCCACAACCCGGGCCUGGUUCCUGAUGAGGAGUUGUCCAGGCGAGGGUACUCCAUGUACGUGGGCAGCGAUGGCGACGUGGAAAGCGCCAGACCUUCGGAGCGGCAGACGGGUGGGCAGUUCGUAGAAGAGUUAACUAGAGAGAUAGACCAGAGGCAGCAGAGGCAGUCGACGGCCCCGCCUUUCCUGCUGCAAAGCAUCGAAGAAAAUAAGAAGAAGAGUAGGAACCUCUACAAUCCUACCGCAAAUGGACGCCAAAGCGAUACUAAUCCCAACUUUAUUUACUAAGAAAAUAAGGAUGAAAUCCCUUAAAUGGAAACUAAAGUUAUACUCCAUACAACAGUAUGGGUUGAUUCUCCAACUAUUUGGAACAUUAAGAAUUAACAAGUUUAUUUUUUUACCGUUGGUUUUUUAGCAUUUUUCUUGAAAUUUCAUCGCUUUUGAUACGGAUUCGUCAUUGUCUGCAGUGCAUUAUCCAUCACACAGUCUCCACACGAAAUUCGGGAACAUUGCAAAUGUCUCUUGGCCAAUUUUGAGAUUACGAGAGCAAAAUAUGUCUUUAAGAGAGCCUACAUCUUCUGUCUUUUUAUUUUUUCAUCUCAAAUAACAACAAACUAGCCUUUACUAAGUAAUGGUAAUUUUUAGGGAUUUUUUUCUGCAUGAUCUGUUAAAGAUUAAAAUAAAAGAUAUCAAACGCGUAAUUUCCAUUUUUAUUUGAACAACAUUUUUCAUCCGUAUAAAAUGCUCCUAAAAAGACAAAUAAAAUACUAGGCUUUCAUAGUUUCACACGAUUAUAGCCUUUAAAUUAUUACAUCUUGUAUUUAUUUUACAAUCUCCGAAUUUUUUUGUUUUGUGGGUAAUGUUACCAUGAAAAGAAAAAAAACGGAAAUUGUAAAGGAUCCAAAUAAAACCAAGAGUAUCACAGUUUUACAGUUUUUGAAUCAUGUUACAAACGACGCGAAAAUGUUAGAUUAUUCAUGAAAUUAUUAAAGCUUUUGAUUUUAUUCUACAUACUAUUUAACUGCUUGAUUAUUUGGCUCUUAUUGUACUACUCUUCAACUACUGGCAUUACGGCAAUUGUCUUACAAUCAAAAAGUGAUGAGGACGCUAUAAUUACUUUAAUGAAUCUAAGACAAUUCCGUUUCAUUUGCAAUAAGAAUCAAAUCAAUUAAUCAAGAUUCGAAUUGAUAAUCAUAUUUGUAGCCUGUUAAAAAUAUAUCUAUUAUUGUCUGUGGUUUCGCAUGUCAUAGAUUAAGAACUGUUAUAACUCUGUGAAACAUGAAACAAAUCAAAAAUUAUAUAAACAAGUGAAAUUGAUAAUUUUCAUGUUUUAACUAUAUUUUGUU